CCCCAAUAAUUUUGGAUACGAGAGUAUUCGGCCCAAUGUUAUCGAACUGGUCCCAUCGGACUUUGUGGACUAAUAAUCGAAAGAUUUUAUUCCAUUCCGAUUUCGGCCGCGUUGAAUGUGUGGGAAUAAACAGAUUAUUCUAGCUACAGGACACCUUGUUAUACUUGCUUCCAUUUAUUCCUGGAUUUCGGAACCAGAUGCCCAAGCAUUUGCCAGCCAUGUGAAGAUACUCUCUCUAUGCAUCCAACUUGUGACAAAUGCCCUAUUUAACUGCAAGCCCGGCCCUGUUAAUUAAUUAAGAUCUCGGCCCGUACUACUAAAUUAAAAAAAAAAACAUGGAAAAAUUGUCCGAUUUUAUCGAGAAAGCGAAGCAUGGCUACCGCUAUUUUCGGACAUUGUUGCACCACUCCUUUCGGGGGCUAAUGUCGAUGAUCUUCGUCGUUUUUCCGAUGAACCAAUUUUGGUCCGAACUUUGCUAUUUCACUACACUCUCUUUCAUCGGUUUCUUGGCUUUGAAGUUUUCCAAGCCAAGUGUACUAUUACCAAGUCAUCAUCUCCCUAAAAACAUCGAUCUUUUCUUCACUUCCCUAUCAGCCGCCACCGCAUCGAGCAUGUCCACACUCGAAAUGGAGGUUUUCUCGAACAUCCAACUCUUCGUUUUAACCGUUAUCACUUUCGUCACCGGAGAAGUUUUCACCUCGAUUCUCGAACUUCAUUUUUCGAAAUCUGCAAAAUCCGAUUCUUCGACUUUUAAGUAUUACUCCAAUAAUAGUAAUCGAAGAACUGAUCAGCUUGGAAUUGUAAUCAGCGGGGAAGCUGAAGAAGAAGAGGGUUUGUUGAAGUUCAAAUCUAUUCAAACGUUGGCAGUUUUAGUCGGUUGUUAUCUUUUAUUGGUCCACGUGGCAGGUGCAACCUUAAUCUCUGUCUACUUAAACCUAGUCCCAAGUGCAAGAAACGUUUUAAAGAAGAAAGGCCUCAACCAGCAAAUUUUUACUAUAUUCACCGCAGUUUCGACUUUUGCAAACUGCGGUUUUCUACCGACGAACGAAAACAUGAUGGCUUUCAGGACAAACUCAGGUCUCCAACUAAUUUUAAUCCUUCUGAUUUUAAUGGGGAACACUUUGUAUCCGUUGUGCCUCCGUUUUACGAUACUAGCCCUGGAGAAAAUCACUGGAAAAGAAGAAUUCAGGUACAUGUUAAAGAAUUCCAGGGAAUUGGGGUACAGGCACCUGAUCCCUGGAAACACGAUGGAUUCAGUUUACCUGGGGAUUACAGCUUUAGGGUUUUUAUCAGUGCAGUUAAUAUUGUUUUGCACCCUGGAAUGGAAUUCUGAAGCCGUUGUCGAUGGUAUGAGUGGCUACGAAAAGGCGGUGGGAUCUUUGUUCCAGGUCGUGAGUUCCAGGCACGCCGGGGAAUCUGUUUUCGAUCUUUCAGCUGUUUCUCCGGCUGUCUUGGUUUUGUUUCUACUUAUGAUGUACCUUCCAGCAUAUACUUCAUUUGUGCCAAUAAUAUAUGUGGAAAAUGGCAUUCAGAAGAAAAAAAGAAGGGGUGAUUUUUGGGAGCAAAUAUUGUUCACACAGCUCGGUUAUAUCACGAUAUUCGUGAUUCUCGUUUGCAUAACCGAAGCAGAAAGCAUGAAAACGGACCCUCUCAACUUCAGCGUCUUCGCCAUUGUUUUUGAAGUCAUUAGCGCGUAUGGGAAUGUGGGGUUUUCGAUUGGUUACAGUUGCGAAAGACGAAUAAAUUCGGAUGGAAAGUGCAGAGAUGCAUGGUAUGGUUUGGCGGGAAAAUGGAGUAAUGGAGGGAAAUUUGUGCUGAUGGUGGUAAUGUUAUUUGGAAGGUUGAAGAAAUUCAAUGUGAGAGGUGGAAGAGCUUGGAAACUAUUUUAGUGAUCAUUAUAGUAUUAACUCUCUCCGAAUAACAUUUCAAAAUUGAAAAAAAAAAAAGUAGUAAUUUUAAUAACUAUUAUGUGAAUUUGAACCGCGUAUUAGAUUUAAUAACUACAUAGGUGUGUAUAAGUGUGUGUGAUUAUAUGUUGAUUUAUGGUACAAAUCCAUUAAAUAUAAAUAAUCAAGUGUAGCAUCUAAUUUCUCAUUAUACUUAUCCAAUUCAUCCGAGCUUCUUUUGUCAUGUAAAAUCAAUUAUUGUUCUUUUAUAUUGACGACGAAAGAAUAACAUGGACCAAUUAAU